AAUGGAGUUCUCGUAAAACAGAUCCCUCAAACUUCCCAUGAAGAAUUCCCGUUCUUUGGCAUAUUCCUGUGGCAUAUUUCAUUCGAAUCCAAGAUUUCUCUUCGCCUCCAGUCUCUGUGAGUGUAUUGAGGAAGUGUAAAUAAUCGAGGCGUUGAGUUUAAUGCUGCAAGUGUGCCGUAUGAAGUUGUCUAUGAAGGGAGUCGCUUGAUCGGUUCAUGUGGAUUUUCCAAACUCGCUGUUUCUGGGAUUUCGGGAUUUUUUUCACAUCAGGAUGAGGAAGAUGCCGAUGAUUUCCCCGCUGGAUGUGAUUUAUUGGUCAGAUCGAUUUAAGUAUUGUUUUCAUUGGUUUCAUGCACCCGUCAGUGUUUUGGGCUCUCGUGCGGCAUGCUCGACUGCGGAUCGGAGGGGUUUGUGUCAAUAACGAGCUUUCAUGGUGAUAUGAUGGUGAAAAUGGAGAUAUUUGCGCAUUAUUUCCCCGACGUGAGCGCGAGCUCCAUGUUAUUGCCAGGAUUUGGAUCCCCGUGAGAAGAAAAUGAGCGAAGAAUCAAAUCCAAACAGCGAUGAGAGUUACGCGCUAGUGAGAGCGGUGGUGAUGACACGAGAUGACUCAAGCGGCGGGUGGCUUCCUCUGGGCGGCGGCGGUCUCAGCUGCGUCACCGUACACAGAGUCAGUCGACCGGAUACUGACGGCACCAACUCGCCAGAGCACCUCAUCCACGGAGAACGGCUCAAAGACAAAACGGUGGUGCUGGAGUGCAGUAUAAAAAAGGAUUUGGUGUAUAAUAAAGUGAACCCGAUCUUCCACCACUGGAGGAUUGACAACAAGAAGUUUGGACUGACCUUCCAGAGUCCAGCAGACGCCAGAGCCUUCGACAGAGGAAUACGGCGAGCCAUGGAGGACAUUACACAAGCUGCAGGUUGCCCGCUGUACAGCGACACAGAAGCUCCUGACGAUACAUCAUCACAGGCCAAUCAGGAGUCUCCAUCUGUGUGUACGCCGGUGCAGGACGUCUUCUCUCCUCGUGGUGUUGUGUCCACUGAAGCGUUCCGAGGAUCUUACGUUCGAGUCGAGCUGUUUGAUGAGAGUCACACUGCCAACCGCAGAUAUCCAUCGCCACAGGUUUCCUUCAACACGAUCCGCCACGUGAGUUUUCAGAUGGACGACGAGGAGAUCGUUCGCAUUAAUCCCCGUAAGGAUGUUCUGAUCCGAGGCUAUGAGGACUACCGGCACCCCGUCCUGUGGAAACAAGAUGGUGAGUUCGAGGAUCUGGACUUCAACAGCACCUUCUCCAAACCGGACGGGAAGAAGUGUGAGUAUCUGUACCCGGAGGCCUCCGAGAGCGCCAAAGACUCCAUAAAGACGCAACAGCCAUCGCCCCUGCUCAAGUCCAAGACGUCCCGCCGGCGGCGCGAGGACGGCGAGCGCUCGCGCUGCAUUUACUGUCGCGAGAUGUUCAAUCGCGAGGACAACUGGCGCGGUCAGUGUCAGGAUGCGCCUGACCCCAUCAGACAGUGCAUCUAUAAGCUGAGCUGCAUGCAAUGCGCCGAGAGCAUGCUGUACCACUGCAUGUCCGACUCGGAGGGCGACUUCUUGGACCCCUGCUCUUGCGACACCAGCGAGGAGCAGUUCUGUGUGCGCUGGCUCGCUCUACUCGGCCUGUCGCUCAUCGCGCCCUGCAUGUGCUGCUACCCGCCAUUGCAUGCCUGUCACCGUUGCGGGGAGGCGUGUCGCUGCUGCGGCGGCAAACACAAGGCCGCGGGGUGAGCGCGUGCACAACGGCUGCUGUGUUUUUCAUUCGCCUUUCAUUCGUGAAGCGUUCCUCACCACCGGAGGUUUGACUGAGCCGCUGAUGUGAGCAGAUGAUCAGAUCAGAGCUCGACACGUCACAAGGAGAGAGUUUUUCAACGCUCGAUGACACCACACGGUGUGUGUAAACUAUGUGAAGAAAUGACUUUUGUACAGAGAUCAAAUGAUUCUAACAAACAAUUCAUACAAAUUGUGCAUAAAACAGGAUGUACUGUAUGAGAAUGCUAAAAGGGAUUGGUUUUGUGUGUGGAUUUGCAGUUAUUAACUGUGGCCUUUUGUGUUGAACUCAAACAGUGUAAUUAUUAGACAGAAAAAUGCACUAGAAAAGUUUAACGGUACAGUAACGAAAGCAUUAUUUUGGUAAGAGUUUAGUAUUUUUUGUUAUUGGUGUAUAUAGACAUUAAUUUAAAAAUGCAUUCCUGUGUUAAUGGCAUCACACAGCUGAAAUAUCGAGCUAAAGCUGCAAUAUUAUAUAUAUAUAUAUAUAUAUACACAUACACACACUGGUGGCCAAAAGUUUGGAAUAAUGUACAGAU